CGACCGAAACACUCACUUUCAGGGCAUUUCCAGUCCUGACCUACGCUGCCAAGUGUCCAAGUGUACCCUCAUAAUCGCCAUGGCACUGAGAGCAUGCACUUGUACUUAGCGUGCGUAUAUGCAGGGACGUAUAAGAGCCUGCUUACACGGCCUUAUAAGCAGGCUAUACAUUCGAGUCCCUGUACAGUGUACGCAUGAGUUGUGCAUAUAACACUCCAGCGUAUGAGUACAGGGACGGCCAUGGACAGGGCUUCCUCCGCUUCGUGGAGCACGGUUCCCAUAGCAACCGUCCAAAACAAACGGACAACAGCUGGCGUCAGCCCGUCAGCCGACGGUUGCUCAGUUUAGCGUGGUGAGGCCGUACGGAGCCCGUUGUGGGAUCAUUGUCUGAGUGUUAAUAUCAAUUUUAAGUGCGAACAUCUGUGUUCAUAAAUUCUCGAGGCUACUUAAGAUUCGUGUGCAGUGUGCACACUGCACACAGACGGGCUGUAAUCACAUUUUACAAGGGAGGCGGCAGUCAAUCAUAAUGCCGGUUCCAAUCAGCAAAUACACCUACAUGCUAGGAGUGCAAACUUUGUUCAUACUUGCCGAUUUGAUAUUCAAUAUCGUUGCUGACACAGUGCGUAUGGAAAACGUCUUGAGACUCAUCUUAUUCAUCAUACAAGAUGUGGCGCUAGUGUUCUCGCUGAUCGUCGUUUUUCUCAACUUCGUCAGUACCUACGUUUUUCAGGCGGGCCUGGUGGGCGUGCUGCUGACCAGAUUCCGGGCCACGCUGGCGCUGAACACCGCCUACCUGGCGCUGAGCGUGGGUCUGCACUCGUGGAGCCUGGACCGCCAGUGGGCCGACCCGUACCUGGUCGUCUGGACGCCCGGCCUGCUGGCGCUCUACGCAGUGCACAGGAUCGUAUCGGUCCUGCACUACUACUUUUACAAGAGGACAGCACUGGAGCUUUGCGAUCCUGAGCUGUACGAGGACUCACCAUGGCUGCAAAAAUACCUACACGGCUCGUGAUCGUGGACGGCGCACCUAUUAGCCGCUAGCACCUAUGUCGGCCGCAUCAAAUGGCAGCUUCCGGUAUUAACAGUUACAAGAUGUCACGACCCAUAUCUUAGACAACGUUACGUUGUCGGACAGCAAACAUUUGUUUACAAUAUUGUAUUUCGACUUUGGCUGUAUUUGUUUUCAAUUGAUGUUUCAUUAUGCAGCAAAGGUGUUGCGUGGAGUCGAUAUGAGGACGUUCCGUUCAAAGCGAUUAGAAGUUUUAAUAUACUUUUUGCCAUCAAUCGCCCGUUA